GGAGGUUCCCCUUCCCCACUUUGCAACCUGCUUCUCCGUUCAUUUCUCACGCAUCUUCCUCCUCCUUCUCCUUCGCUUAGCCUUAUUCUUGCCAUCUUAAUAUUUCUCUGACUGCAAACCACCUCCCUCCGACCCGAUUCCCUUCUUUCUCGUUUUAAUUCGAACAUUUCGUGUUUCAUCAAUGCAUUUGUCGGUCACGAUCUCAUCAUGGGAUUUCUAAGCCGUUUUCGCAAGCGUUCGAAAAGUCAGAGCCGUGCGGGGAAUGCGGUCAGCUAUGAGCAUCUCCGCACUAACCGCGAGGUUGUUCCUCCGUUGCCCAUCAUGGGCACAGAUUACACGAAGAGGUUACCACGACGUGUCUUAAUCCGCAUUUUCUCCUUCGUUUGUCCCCACACCGAAGAUAACAGCUAUGAUACGUCGGAGGAAUCCAUGACCGAGGAUGGCUGUAUGCUUUGUGACAUGCGCGACCUCGCGCACUGCGCUUUGGUGUGCAAGCGGUGGUCCAUUGACGCGGACGCUCUGCUUUACUCCAAUGUCCGCAUCGACGCCGUUCACUACUGUGAACUCGAGGUUCAGUUAUCAGCCAAACGAAAACGCCGCUCCUUCUUCGAUAAGAAUGGCGACCCCGAAGAUGCCCCCCAAGCUCGCCUAUCGCUCUUCAUGCGAACCGUUCGACAAUCACAUGGCCUAGGGAGUAUGGUCCGCUCGUUGCGCAUGCCGUAUAUGACUCGCGAGGCGAGCAAAUCGGAGAUUGCACGAACUGUUUCCGUGUUGCCCAAUCUCCGCUACGUGGAUUUGCCCGCUGGCUUCUUCAGUGACGACCCCGCGUGCCUCGCUCUGAAGCAGGAAAUCAUGGCUCGUUGUCCAGAUCUUCGUCGGAUGAGUUACCGCCAUGGGUCGGAGGGUACCUUUUCGCAGUUGCCUGGCACACACCUUUGGGGAAAUCUUGAAAUACUGGAAUUAUCAGGCCUACAAGUCGAGCCUCAUAUUCUCCGGUUCGGCCUGGGCGCAUUUCCCAGGCUUCGUGACUUAACAUUGGACGAACUUCCCUGGCUCGAUGAUUCCGCCUUCGCACACUCCCAAAACUUCCCCCCGUUCCCGGCCGUCGAGCGACUUACCCUUCGAGAUACUCCGAAUGUCACAGCAAGCGGGCUUGCCGCAUUUUUCUCCUUGCCUGAAAACCGAGCCUCUUUGCAAUCAUUGACGCUGUCAGCUACCCAAGUUCACCCAUCGGCUCUACACCACAUUCUCUCUGACGCACCAGAGCUCCGUGCGCUAUCGGUAAUCCAGGAAGUCUCGCGAUCGUUCCCUCCGGAAAAGGUGCCACCGCUCACCUCUCGGUCACUCGAAUUGUUACAUUACGAGAUAUUCUCUCCAGCCGGCUCUUACGGUAUGCCGCCGGUGGCAAGCUCGUAUUACUCUUACCUAAUUUCAUCCUUGAUGUCCAACUCUCUUCCUGCUCUUCGAGACCUCUAUGUCCGUGAUGCAGGAUUUCCAGAGGCAUUAUUGCUUGCCCCUCCACCUCGCUUGUUCGGUGGUGGUGAGAGUGGACCCCAAUUUGGGGGAGGCAUUCUCGCACAGCCGCUGAACGUGUACAGCAAGGGCUUGGAUGAGUUGGAGUGGAACUUCACUCCUUAUGAACCACCUUCCACAAGAGGCCGCCGGGAUAGUACGACACGGCCUGUAAGUUUCCACGAUGCUCAAUUGAGCCGUUCCUGGGGUGGCGAUGCACGGAAGAGUGUGCUGGUCGGUAAUGGCUUCGGCGGGUUCCUGGCUGUUCCAGUGGAUGAUGGGCGUCCUAAGAGUAGUGGGGGCUGGAGGCGUGAGAGCAGAGGUGAUUUGUGGCGGUGAUCGAGUUAUGAAAUCUUCUUCCUUCAACUAUUUUGAUCGCGAGACUGUGUGAUGGAAUAUGGGACAAUGUUUUAAUGAGUCUAUACCCUGGUGCAGGCAUUCAGCGUGGUAGCAUUCUCUCACAUUUUCUGUGUCCUGGCUUUUCUUGCAACUUGAUAAUGAGCGUGCCCGAUCUGUAUGACAUAGCCUAUGUACUCGGGUUGUUGAUAAGCGUACUAAUGAUUUUUUUUAAAGCCCAAC